CCCGCGCGCGCAGGGCCGUUGCGGCGCGGUCAGGCGCGGUGCGGGGCCGUGCGGGGGCUCUGCCUGACAGCGCCGCCGGGGCCGCGCGGGCGCCCUCGCACCCUCCGCUGGCCCUCGGGGCGGCGGCGGCGGCGGCUGAGCCUUCCCCAGCCUCGCACCUUGCGGCGGCCGAGCCCCCCGCGCCGCCGAGGCCGGUGGGGCGGCGGCAGGAAGCUCCGCUCCCCCUGACGGCGGGACACCCGCCGGGCUAGCGCCGCUGCCAGCCGGGCGGGCGCCCGCGGCCCCGAAGAGCUGCUCGGCAUCGCGGCGCCCGGCGCCGGCCGGUACAUGGAUUACCUGAAAUUCAUAGUCCAUCCUCAGCAUCUGUCUGACUGCAGAAGACAGAAUUGUGGCAUCACAACAGAUUGGAAGUUGAGCGAGUUGAGGACUAUGUCUGAAUGUAUCCAGCUCUCAUUUGCUGUUUGUAGAAUUGGCAUUUACACGUGUUUUAGAGCACUUUGCUGCAAGGGACCGCCACCACCACGACCUGAAUAUGACUUGGUUUGCAUAGGCCUCUCUGGUUCUGGCAAGACAAGUCUUCUAUCACAGCUUUGCAGUGAAAGCCCAGAGAAUAUAGUGUCUACCACAGGUUUUAGUAUAAAAGCGGUGCCAUUCCAGAAUGCCAUCUUGAAUGUAAAAGAACUUGGAGGGGCUGACAAUAUCAGGAAAUACUGGAGUCGUUACUACCAAGGAUCCCAAGGGGUAAUAUUUGUAUUAGACAGUGCGUCCUCUGAAGAUGAACUAGAAACUGCUAGAAAUGAGCUGCACUCUGCUCUCCAGCACCCACAGUUAUGUACUUUGCCGUUUUUAAUACUGGCCAAUCAUCAAGACAAGCCAGCAGCUCGCUCCAUACAAGAGAUAAAAAAAUAUUUUGAACUUGAGCCACUUGCACGUGGAAAGCGCUGGAUUCUUAAACCCUGCUCCUUGGAUGAUAUGGAGGCAGUAAAAGACAGCUUCUCCCUUCUAAUAAACUUGCUAGAAGAGAGAGACUUCGAACCUUCAAGAAUGUGAAACACAAGGGAGAAGAGUGGUUCUCCAGGCAUCACUGUACCUGCACAUUCUGUUCACAGCUUAAUUGUGGCAUGGUAUCAAGGCUGUGCUGUGAUAUGUUGUUCAUACACAGUGCAGAAUGUCCUGUUGUCAAAAUAAAAGUUCUGUGAAUCAGGUACAUGACUAUUUCAAGUAAAGUUGUCUAAAAUAUGGAAAUAGGGAGAUCCUCUUUGUUUACCACUAUUUCUCCACACUGCAUGUUGCUUUCUUACAUUGUGAUCAUCCUUGAUAGAAAAUUCUACACGCACAAAAAUAACAUAGUUGGUAAAGGAGGACUACUUCUUUUUGCUACUUUGAUUUUCUAAAAGUAACUAAUGUCUUAAGGAUUUGUGAGACUAAAUUGUAUUAGAUUGUUUACUGACCCUGCAUUCUGGAAAGCACAGCCACUGACAACCUUAAUAGUAUACCUUAAAGGCAAGCAGUUUCAAGUUAAUGCAGAGGUUAGUCCUGAAGUUUUAGUAAGUGAAAACACAGUUGAUAACUUUGUUGAUUUCUUUUCUAAAGUCACUGCAUAACCUUGUUGAAGACAGAAACAUUAUUUUCCUAGAAGUUUACUGAAAGUUAAAUUAGCAAACAGAUGGAUGCGGAUAACCAUGUUCGGGAAAAAGAGGUGACAAGAACAGGUGGUCUAAGUAGCAGUAUUUUAAGGAAAUAUACAAAAAUUGGAUAAAGUAAUAAUUUUCAUUGAAAGUAGAUUUUCCCUAAGAGAAGUGAAGCAAAUUGCUGUUAAUUUAGCUGUGGAGUCUUUCUUAUUGGUUAGAGGUGUGACUGAUUUUUAAAAAGGAUUGCUUCCUUUAUCACUCACUCAUAGACUACUACUAUUACUGUCACGUUGCCAAGUCAUCUAUACCAUAAUUAAGGCCUUUGCAGUGUUUGUACUGUAAGAUCCUCUUUCCAAGGGAUUUUAACUUCUUUCAAGCUUCUUCUCAACUAGAUGUUACUUAGAAGACAGAAAGUAUUCACUGGAAACAACAUUUAUAAUAAAUUUGGAAAAAUCCCAUUUGUUUCCAGUAACACAGUGCAUAUUUCCUCUUUCCAAGUUUUCCCCAUUGUAGGUUUGCAGUUUUUUGGCUGCCUUUUGUUGAUUUUUGGAAACCUUAUAAACAGAUCUUGUCAAUUAAAGAAACAUGCCAGGUCACUGGUUCAAUGUGAAAUUAGUCACAACAGGGUAUGUGCAGAUCGGUCACUGGACCAGUGUUGUGCCUUGUGCAUUCAGCUACCCUUGUGCAUGAGUGUUUGCAAACACUAACUGUAGUGAUGUGUCAGUAGUUCCUCAUUGAUUCUGCUUGUGUUUUGAAACUUGUCACUCCUUUUUUCAGGGCUUUAAGCAACAUAUCCUUCCACUCUGAGCAUUUAUUUUUUGAGUUUGAAGUUUAUUGUAGUUUCUCACUAGUUUACUUGGGGAUAAGAAAACAGCAAGAAUCAGCUUUUAAAGGCUUAUAAAAGCCAUUUCGCUGUCACUUGCGAUUGUACUCUUUGUUAAAAAAAUGAAAUAGUUUUUUAAUUUACUUUUCAAUUUCAGCUGCUUUCUUGCAUUGCUCCCUUAGAAUUAUUUCUACCCAAAUGCAUGGCCUGACGAUCACUGUUUUAACUUACUUCCUGUUAUGAGAAAGAAGCUGGGAAAACUGGUAAGCUCCUUGUUUAAUUUGUGAUAGACUAGGCAGCAAGCUUGAAUGACAUCUCGAUUUUUGUUCUCUAUCCUGCAAGGCUAAUUUGCCUCUCUCCUAAUACCCUUUGAAAUACCAGAGAACUGGAAUUACUCAUUUUAAAACACAUAGAAGAGCCCUAUGUUGGUUCAGUUCUCUCUGCACUGUUUAGAUGGGACCCAGCUGCCCAUUGAUUUCUUUUGUGUGGGUUAAGGAGUCUCCUUUCCCUGGAUUUAAAAAGGAACUGGAUCUAAUUUACAGUUGCAAACUCUAUCUUAGCCAAUGUGAGCUUAAAUGCUACAGAAUCCUGAGAUUUCCACCAGGUCCCCAAAUUUCUGUCCUAUUUAGGGACAAUGACAAAUAAGAAAUGGUGGGGAGGAGUGAGAGAAUUAUUUCCUGGAGCAGGCAGACAGUUUGGGGAGGCAGAAAGAGGGAUUCAGAGCUUUUACAGCUUUUUCAUUGAGCAUUAGUUAGAACAGGAGAGAUGUUUUUUAUUUUUAUUUUUUUUUUAACUAUUUUUUCCCUUCUUUCCCAUGUUAAAGCUAUGGACCAAAGAUACAAGAAACGAAAAUAAGCCCAACUGUAUUACAUUCUUAAAACUGUACUUCUCUGUACUACCAGUGAAUCUGGUCCAAAAACUUAAGAGUUUUUGAGUUACACUUCAUGAUUUCCCAACUAUGCACUGUUGAAAGGUGCUACAUGACUAACAUGCAAAAGGCCCAGGUAGUCAGUGAGAGCAUGGCUUUGGCAUAUGUCAGUGUCCUCUUAGACUAGGACCUUUUGAUGGUUAGUGCUUUUUCUUUAGGAAAAUGCCAACUGCAAAGGAGCAGCAAGGUUUUUUUCAGAAUUAUUUUGAAUAUGCUUUUUCUUACUAAUACAGUGAUCAUUCCUCACUACAGGUUGAAACAAUACCUCAUAACUGCUUAAGGCUAAGACCAACGCUUAACUUUACUUUGAAUGUAGUUAUUCUGUGGUUUUGUGUUGUGGUUGGACUUAAUGGAUGUGUACCUUUUUAAUGUCUAUAAACACCUUCACCUUUUUAUGGAGGAAUUAAAAAUGUUCUCAGCAGCUCACGUCACACUUCCAUGUCUAAAGUGUUAUUGAAUGCUCUGGCUAUAGCAAAUAUGUAAACAGCAUGCAGUGUUUCUUCAGAUGACCAAUCUUAAUUGUUUGGGGAUUUUUUUCAUUUUGUUUUUUUUUGUUUUGUUUUGUUUUGUCUUUUUUUUUUUUUCUUUUUGUAUGCAUUCAUCAUUUAGGUGAAAUCAACUUGGGGUCUAGGCUAUACUUUCCAUGCAAGUUCAUUAGGGAGUGAACGCUGUCUUUUUAAAAAAGAUAUUGUGCUUUAAUGUUCUUUAGCCAUCUGUUAAACUACUUUGUGUGUGUAUGUGUGUGUAUGUGUAUGUACCCACAUUGGGCUUCUUCUCAGACCUGUCGCUGUCUGCGGUGUCUCAGCCGUCAGAAUGAAAACAUUAUCAAUCAGUAUCCAACAACAACUGGCUUUGACAAGCUUCUGUCUGCUGCCUAGUGCUUUACAACUUGUCAGUAAGACCUCUUUGUCUACCCGCUCUGAGCUGGUAAUCUUACUGCUUCUAUGUUGUGUCCUGUACUUGUACUUCCAGCAUUUGUAUGGAAAAAAAAGUUAAAUCUAAAGUGGGUUUUUGGUAGUCUUUCUUGCUGUAUAAUGCUCUGUGUAUCUUAGCCUGCCUCCUCAAAUGUGCUACACAAAAUCUGUGAUGUAUUAUUUCAUUUAACUUCUUGCAUUUCAUUAUAUUUAUAGAAGUUGCAGAUUUUUGUACCGUAUUAGUUAAUACAGUUGCCUUUUUGUAAUGGCAAUUAAUUUAUAUUACAGAAGUUUGUAUCUUUACUGUAGUCAAAAGUAUUAGUUAACUGCCAUAUUAUCUUGACUUUAUACUAAAAAUACAGUGUCUAUACAGAGAAGUUGACACAUUCAAGUGGGCAACUGCUAACAUGGGGAACUUGUACUGUUUGUGAUUUAUACAUGAUUUCCACUAUCAAAAAAAAAAAUAAUAAAUAAACACUGUGUAGAGUUGA